UUUAAUUUACUCCUAGAAACUAUCAAAACGUGUCAUGUUCAUGUCCAAACAAAUAAAAUGAUAAAUUUUUUACUACAUGAAGAAUCAACUUGUUUUGAACAUUUCUCCCAUUCCUCUAAUGUUAUUAAACAAAUUUUAACUCGUUCUUGUCCAUGUUUUUCUCCGGCAAACUCCUCGUGAUGUAUGUUUCAUAGGUGGAACUGCAUUGAGAAUCAAUUAGGACUAUCUCAAUCAAUAUAUCACCUAUUCCUUUUUUCAAAUUAGUUGAGAUCAACUACACGAAUCGUUUAUAGUCCUUUAGUUUUAUUAAGAUCCAUUUGCUUGAAGAUUUUUCUAUAGUAUUGUUGAAAUGAAGGGCGUAAAAUGGGACGAGGCAAAAUUGGAGGAAAUAGAGGCAAACAAACCCGAGAGAAUGAAGAUAACUGAGCCCAAGACACCAUUUCAUCACGUCAAGAUUGAUGAUGAGAACAAUUUUGAUGAGGAUUGCAAUGGUAGCGAUGUGGAUGAUGACAUGGCAUCAUGUUCAAGUAAAAGUAGUAAAUCUCCUAAUUAUAAGGAUGAUCGUGAAGAUCAUGCCAUGGAUGAUGAUGAUGAUGAUUCAGAGGAAUCAGAAAGGAAAAGGAGUUUCAUAGAGCAUAGAAGAGGGCAUUAUGAUGAAUAUAAGAGAAUCAAAGAGCUACAACGAAAUGGUUCAUUUCUUGCAGAACCUUCUGAUGAUGAAGAGGAUGAUUUAUCAUUGGAAGAUGGUGUUAAGGGCAAAGAAAUUGAGAAAGAAAAAGCAGACACUUCUGCAUAGUGAUCAUCUAAUCUUGUUUCCAUUAAUGUUGUUGUCUUUUUCUUUUUCUGGUUUAACCAUUCAAUAUAGACAGCUCACAUGAUCUACAUUUGCGCUAUAGAUAGGACUAAUUUUUGUAGAAUGCGAUUUAUCGUCUUAGUCGCCUACUGGUGCGAAGAUCUUAAGCUCAUUCUGGUCGGAUUAAUCUACAUUUGUGACAGAUAAGUCCACUGAGAAGGUAAAAUAAGGUUUUCCAUUCUCAAAUUUCGAUCCCAAAGACAUGAAUGUUGAUGAAAUGACACCGUUGUUGGUAAAACUGCUGUUUUCGUUUUUUUUUUUCCUUUUCAUGUGUAUAUUUUUCUUGCAAGUUGUAUGGCACAUCUUCCUUUUAGAUGUCAAUGGCUGCCAUCACUUUUUGCUAGAGAAAUGAAUUAUUAAUGUUAUGCGAUCAUUAUAGUGGAAAAUGAUGUGUCAAGUUCUUUCAUUAGAUGAA